AUGAAAAGUGAAGAUCUUCAAAAACUCGCAGCUCAAACACGUUGUUACUAUGCCGCCACAAAAGUUCUUUGUCAAUAUAAUCAUGAUCUAGCAAUACUCAAUACGUUUUGUCCCGUCCAACACACUCCACCCAUCAGUGCAUUAGCUGAGAGGAGUGUUGUAUUGGCUAAUAGUUUGAGGAAUGCUGAUGUUAGUGCACCGACGCGCUUUGUUCAAGCUAAAACUUCGAUAAUUGAACUGCGCAUGCGCAUUUUAUACAGUGACAAUUGA